UUUUGUUGCAUGUUGUAAAAAAUAAAUAAAUAACAUAUAACAUUGAUUUAAACUUAAAAAUAAAAGAUUCCUGUAGAUAUAUCAAUAUGUUAAUUGUUUGUUAUUGCAAAUAUAUAGAAACGUUUAUAAUUCCAUUGACAUUCAUUUUCCAUUGCAUUCCAUUUUGUUGAAUAAAUUGAGUGCCGACGAAAUUUUUUUCCUUAACAAAACGAUUAAGCAUAUUUGCAUUUUAUUUAGGAAUUCAAAUGUAUUGAUACUUUAAUCAUUGGAUCUAUUUUAUUUCAAUUAUAUUAAGUACUUCAUAGUUUUUUAUUCUCUAUGACAUCACUUGUUGCAAGAGCACAAGCAGAGAUUUUCUCAGGAUGAAGAGAGGCGGAAAAGGAAUAAAGAUGAUGAAGAAAAUGGCGAUAUAGAUUUUAAAAGUAAUAAAAUAAUGCAUCUUGUAUCUGCUACUGAUUCUAAAGAGGAAUUUCUUGAUUCAUCAACAAACAUUUUGAAACUAAGGAAAAAAGAAACUGAUUUAACUGAAGUUGAUUUUGCUGUACCCUAUGAGAGUAAAGAAAUUCCUUCUGUUUUAACUUAUGUGGGUUCCUGCUCUAAAGACAGAAUUCUGAUAGUUCUCACACAUGGUGCAGGAGGUGAUUUAAACACUCCUCAACUUAAAGCUAUAAGAUUAUUUCUGGCCUCUCAGAAUUACGUUGUUGUAUGCUUCACUUGUAAAGGAUUAAAUAUAAAGUACAGAAUCAAAGUAUUUGGGAAAGUCCUGAGUUAUGUCAAUGAAAAAUACAGCCCCAAGAUGAUUUUUGUUGGAGGUCGUUCAAUGGGUGCACGAGCUGCUGCUAUGUUGGUUUCUGAUGAAGCAUGUGAUUCUCAGGUGUUCAACAAAUUAAAAGGAGUAGUGUGUUUAUCUUAUCCCCUUCAUAAAGUUGGCGAUGACAGUGAAUUGAGAAAAGAACCCCUAUUAAAUGCUAAAAAACCAAUAUUCUUCCUCAGUGGUUCUAAUGAUGAAAUGUGUAAGAAAGGCAAGCUAGAGAAUGUUCUGAAAAGUAUGAAAGCGCCAUACAAAUUGCAAUGGCUAGAGGGUUACGACCAUUCUGCUAAGUCCAACCAGAAUUUUAAAGAAGAUGAUUAUAUUAGCGCCUUCCAAGAAAUUGUAAAAUGGUGUCAACAAAUUCAAAAAACAAACUCAUAGAUGUGAAUUGUUUUAUAAGUGCUUAAUAAAAAUGCAUUUUAUAUUUUAAAAAAAUGUAGUUGGCAACAAAAAAAAAGAAAGUUAAGUCAUGGUGAGAAAGUCAUGGUGAGUCAUAAUGAAGUCAUGGUGAGAAAGAAUAAUGGAUUUUUACACAAUUUUAAACUGUGCAUUCAACCAUACUAAAAUAAAAAUAUAUUGUGUGGAUGAGGAGCUGAUUGUAAGCAAUAAUAAGAUUUCAACCUGGGAACGUAAUAAUGAAAACUUCCAUUUUUGUUUAAGAAACAAUGUAAUAUUCUAGAAAGCUUUAUUUUAUUUUAUAAGCAGCUUAGAAGAAAUGGCCUAUUUUUAGGUUUACGGUUAUCAAUGUUCAACUCAUUAAACCUCUCAUUUUGCACCCAGCCCAAGAAAUUCCUGGCUGUAGAGACGUAAUCGGAGUUGAGCAGAUUUUUGGAUAAAAGGAGUCACAGUUUUAGUCGCCAAAAACGCAUUGACUCUGGCUCCAGAGUUUGUUGGAGAGAAUGAAUUUGAAAUAAAGUAUAUAUUGUAAAAAAGAA